GUGGUUGUUGUGGUUGUUGUUGUGUAGAGGCGUCUGUGAAUGUGUUCAGGAUCGGCUCCAUGGAGCCCGGAGCUCUGCUGCUGGAGGCCAGCAGAGAAUACGAAAGCGACUCACAGAAGGCUGACGAGUAUCUGCGAGCCAUCAGGGAGCAAGGCUCACUGGAGGUGGCCGCGGAUGAGUGCAUCGCCGCCGCCUGCAACCACGGGCAGGCUCGGACGCAGAAGAUGCUGCUGAGGGCGGCUGCGUUUGGCAAGUGCUUCGUGUCGGCUGGGUGUGCCGGCCGCUCGCCCAGGGGCCAGCGGCCGGCCUUCGUAGAGGCCUGCCGCCACCUGAGACUGCUCAACGCCGUGCGGGACCCAGCCGUGGCCAUGCCGCUGACUUACACGCAAUUGGAGCACCUCACUAUACCCGUCCUGAUAGACAGGCUGGUGGCUCGCCGAAUGUUUGCGCUGGCUGUGAAGAUUUGUGAACUUCUUCGCCUACCAGACCCACAGGGUCGCAGCCGUGUGCUAGCACACUGGGCCUGCUACAAGGUGGAGAGCGACGUACCUGACGAGGCUCUAGCCCUGCUGAUGAAUCGCCGUCUCGGAGACGCCCCCGGCCUGUCCUACACCGAGAUCGCAGCCCGUGCCACUCACCUGGGGCGCAGGGACCUCGCCGUCAAGCUGCUGGAUUUUGAACCACGGGCAGCUGAGCAGGUACCACUGCUGAUGAAGCUGAACAGGGUGGACCUGGCCAUGAUGAGAGCCAUACAGAGCGGAGACUCGGAUCUGGUCUACAUGGUGAUCUCACAUCUCAAGGAGUCUGUGACUCGUCGUGAAUUCUUCCUGACGCUGAGGCAGCACCCAACAGCUCACUCCUUGUACCUGAAGUGCUGCAGACAGCUGCAGCUGGAGACGCUGAAGGAUCUCUACGAACAAGAUGAUGAACACGAAGAGCUGGGACGAGUUUAUGUCGUAGAUGGACACAGACACACAAGGAUGGACCAGCGCAUCUCCUCCCUGAACGAGGCCGUCAUGGAGUUCACCAGGGCCAAGAACGACUUCGCCACCAGGAUGACUGAAGACCAAAUCCGCCUGCUACGAGUUCAGGUCAAGCUGCAGGAACACCUGGUGGGGCUGUCGGCACACGACACGGUGCAUCAGCUGCUGCUGCUUCACCACCGUGGACACGGACGCCUCGCCGACACCACGGCCAAGGAGCUGAGGCUGCCGGAACGACGGCUGUGGUGGAUCAAGGUCCAGGUACUUGCACAGAGGGCUGAGUGGGUGGAGCUGGAGAAGCUGAGCAAGAUCAAGAAGUCACCCAUCGGAUACCAGCCGUUUGUCUCCGAGUGUCUGAAGCACGGCAACUGCGUGGAGGCUAGGAAGUACAUCCCCCGUCUCUCGCCCGAGAUGCGUGUCAAGGCCUACCUGUCUGCAGGGGACAUGCCAGGUGCCGUGGCGAGUGCCCUGGAGCGUCGCUGUGAUGGCGACGUGGCUGCUGUGUUGUCUCACCCCCUGGCUGACUCACACAGACGCCUCGUGGACACCUUGCCUCGUGGGGGGGCUGGGGGCCAGCAGUGAGCACCACAACAACAACAACACUACAACAACAACACCACAACCACAACAA